GUUUCAUCACGGUCUGUCCCCAAGGUCGGAAGGUCUACAGGACCGGUCAUUCAGUGGUAGUGCGAAGCUCGUGUGAACGUGCUUACAGGCUGGAAAAUGAGGGUUUUUAUAUUGGUAGCGUUAUGCGGUGUUGCUUAUGGACAGAUCAUUUCUGAUGAUUCGCUGAACACCCAAGGAGAUGAACUUGCAAUUGAAGAAACGGGUGGCAUUGAAGAAAACGGUUUCAGUUUACGAGAGCAAAGCGAUGUAGGAGUUGCUAGUCAAGAUAAUUCUGCUGCUCUACAAGAAACAAGUGAUACUGGUCUUGCAAGUCAGGGCAAUGUUGCGAAUAUAGAAGAGACUGUUGAUGCCAAUAGUCAAAGUGUCAAUUUAAAAGAAACCAGCGACUUCAGUGAUGGUGGAAACGAAGCUAGUCUUACUGAAACGGGUGAUGUUGGUGAUGCCAGCCAAUUGAGUGAUGAUGGUGAUAUCAGUAAAGUAAACGCUGGUAGCGAUGUUAGCGGCGGGUCAUCAAAAUACCAGGAUCAGUCUGAGGCUCAAUCAGCUCCACGUGCUUUAAGUAGUAAAACAUGUAUUGAGAAGAACGAGCGUUAUUCAAUUCCUGGAAGCUGUGACAGAUAUAUUGAGUGUUUGAACGGCACAGCAGAAGAAAAGGUGUGUCCUGAUGGUCUCCGAUACAAUCCCAAUGUAAAAUUCAACGUCUACCCAUGUCAAUAUCCCAUCGACGUGCCAUGUCUUGCCAGAUCUUCUUUACAAACACCUCAGGCUACCGCUGACUGCCCUCAUCAGUUCGGGUACUUCAAAAGCGGCGAUUCUAAGAACUGCGGUACUUUCAAGAACUGUGUAAAUGGAGUAGGCUAUGACUUCAACUGUCCAGAGGGUUUGGCGUUCAGCUCUGAAACCUACCGCUGUGAAUGGCCUGAUCUAGUCCCUGAAUGUGAUGUUGAAGCUUUCCUCGGUUUCCGUUGUCCGGAAGUUAAAGUUUCAGAGGAGCUUGGUCCUCCAGCUGGUUUCAGGUUUUACAGAUCUGCAGAGGAUUGUCAAAAAUACUUUAUAUGUAUCGAUGGCAAACCUAGGCGUUUAUCAUGUGGAGGUUACAACGCUUUCGACGAACUCACCGAGAGCUGUGUCGCUGCCGACGAGAUUUCCGCUUGUCCUUCAGAACUGAGAACACAAGCUGAACGUUCUAGAAAAGCUGAGACCCAAAGACUUACUGCAGAGAAUGCUAUAAGUGGCUUCCGGAAGGCUCUAGAAGAAGUCACUACGUUCGCACCGUACGACGAUAUUCGCAGCGAAAAGUUACGAGGAGAAGAUGAACAAAUCAUAGACAAUGUAGAAGAGCAACCGGAAAUAUAAGACCUCCAUACCUCUCGCAGACAUAGAGAAUGCACAGCUAUAUUGUAAUA